CGCAUGCGCAAUCCUGACUCAAUGUUUGCGUGUCUGUCCUUUCCCUUUCCACCUCCUCGCGUCGUGCCGGUUGAUUCCAAGCAAAGGGCUUUGGGUAUAUAUGAUCUUGCCUUUAAACCUGAUGGAACUCAGCUGAUAAUUGCAGCAGGAAACAGAUUGCUGGUGUAUGAUACAUCUGAUGGAACCUUAAUUCAGCCCUUGAAAGGGCACAAGGACACAGUGUACUGUGUGGCUUAUGCUAAAGAUGGCAAGCGUUUUGCAUCUGGCUCUGCUGACAAAAGUGUAAUAAUUUGGACUUCAAAGUUAGAAGGCAUUCUGAAAUACACGCAUAAUGAUUCUAUACAGUGUGUUUCAUACAAUCCUGUUACUCACCAACUGGCAUCCUGCUCCUCCAGUGAUUUUGGCUUGUGGUCUCCUGAGCAGAAGUCAGUCUCCAAACAUAAAUCAAGCAGUAAAAUCACCUGCUGUAGCUGGACAAAUGAUGGCCAAUACCUUGCUUUGGGGAUGUUCAAUGGCAUUGUCAGCAUAAGGAAUAAAAAUGGUGAAGAGAAAGUCAAAAUAGAACGUCCUGGCGGCUCUUUAUCUCCAGUAUGGUCAAUUUGCUGGAAUCCAUCAAGAGAUGAACACAAUGACAUCUUAGCUGUAGCAGACUGGGGUCAAAGGCUUUCCUUUUUUCAGCUCAGUGGCAAACAGAUUGGGAAGGACAGGGUGCUGAAUUUUGAUCCGUGCUGUGUUAGCUAUUUUUCCAAAGGAGAAUAUAUAUUAAUGGGAGGCUCAGAUAAGCAAGUCUCUCUCUACACGAAGGAUGGAGUGCGUCUCGGUACCAUAGGAGAUCAGAGUAGCUGGGUGUGGACAUGUAAAGUUAAACCAGACUCCAAUUAUGUGGCGAUAGGAUGCCAGGAUGGAACAAUUUCCUUUUAUCAGCUGAUUUUCAGUACAGUCCAUGGACUCUAUAAAGAUCGUUAUGCUUACAGGGACAGCAUGACUGAUGUUAUUGUCCAGCACCUAAUUACUGAGCAAAAAGUUAGAAUAAAAUGCAGAGAACUUGUAAAGAAAAUUGCAAUCUACAAAAACAGAUUAGCAAUCCAGCUGCCAGAGAAAAUCCUGAUUUAUGAAUUAUAUUCAGAUGACUCCUCAGACAUGCAUUACCGUGUGAAGGAAAAGAUAGCAAAGAAAUUUGAAUGCAACUUGCUGGUUGUAUGUUCAGAUCAUAUUAUUUUAUGCCAGGAGAAAAGACUACAGUGCCUCUCAUUUAAUGGUGUUAAAGAGCGGGAGUGGCUGAUGGAGUCUCUCAUUCGUUACAUUAAAGUAAUUGGAGGCCCUUCAGGAAGAGAAGGCCUCUUAGUAGGUCUGAAGAACGGCCAGAUUCUGAAGAUAUUUGUGGACAAUCUUUUUGCAAUUGUCCUGUUGAAGCAAUCCACAGCUGUGCGCUGUCUGGAUAUGAGUGCAUCCCGAAACAAGUUGGCAGUGGUAGAUGAAAAUGACACCUGCCUAGUAUAUGAUAUUCAUACCAAAGAGCUGCUGUUCCAGGAACCCAAUGCUAAUAGCGUGGCUUGGAAUACACAGUGUGAGGAUAUGCUUUGCUUUUCCGGAGGGGGUUACCUCAACAUCAAAGCUAGUAACUUUCCUGUCCAUCAGCAAAAACUUCAAGGCUUUGUUGUGGGAUACAAUGGCUCCAAGAUUUUCUGUCUUCAUGUUUUUUCUAUGUCAGCUGUUGAAGUUCCUCAGUCUGCUCCUAUGUAUCAAUACCUGGAACGGAAAAUGUUCAAAGAAGCCUAUCAGAUUGCUUGUUUAGGAGUAACUGACACUGACUGGAAAGAGCUGGCUAUGGAGGCCUUAGAAGGUCUAGAGUUUGAAACUGCUAAAAAGGCAUUUACCAGAGUACGAGAUCUUCGGUAUCUAGAACUGAUCAGCAGCAUUGAGGAGAGGAAGAAGCGUGGAGAGAGUAACAAUGAGCUAUUUCUAGCAGAUGUUUAUGCCUACCAGGGAAAAUUCCAUGAGGCAGCUAAACUAUACAGAAGGAGUGGACAUGAGAGCCUCGCUCUUGAUAUGUACACUGAUUUACGCAUGUUUGAUUAUGCAAAGGAUUUCCUUGGGUCUGGAGAUCCCAAAGACACUAAGAUGCUAAUCACAAAACAAGCAGAUUGGGCCAAGAAUAUCAAUGAACCAAAAGCAGCAGUGGAGAUGUACAUUUCUGCAGGCGAGCACAUGAAGGCCAUAGAAAUCAGUGGAGACCAUGGCUGGGUUGAUAUGUUAAUUGAUAUAGCUCGGAAACUGGAUAAAGCUGAGCGUGAACCUUUGUCAAAAUGUGCCUACUAUUUUAAGAGACUUGACAACCAUGGUUAUGCAGCAGAAACCUACAUGAAGAUAGGUGACCUAAAGGCCCUGGUACAUCUCCAUGUGGAAACUCAGCGUUGGGAAGAAGCCUUUUCUUUGAGUGAAAAGCAUCCUGAAUUUAAAGAUGAUGUCUAUGUCCCUUAUGCUCAGUGGCUGGCAGAGAAUGAUAGAUUUGAAGAGGCCCAAAAAGCAUUCCACAAGGCUGGCAGACAGAGUGAGGCCGUAAAAGUGCUGGAACAGCUAACUCACAAUGCUGUGGUCGAAAGCCGAUUUAAUGAUGCAGCGUAUUAUUACUGGAUGCUCUCCAUGCAGUGUUUAGAUAUAGCCCAAGAGAACGAACAGCAGAAGACUGAAAUGUUACAGAAGUUUCACCACUUCCAGCACUUGGCAGAACUUUAUCACGUCUAUCACUCUAUUCACAGAUACACUGAAGAGCCGUUCAGUUUCCAUUUGCCUGAAACACUCUUCAAUAUUUCCAGGUUUUUACUUCACAGCCUAACGAAGGAGACUCCGUUGGGCAUCUCUAAAGUCAAUACAUUAUUUGCACUAGCAAAGCAGAGCAAAGCUCUGGGUGCAUAUAAAUUGGCCCGUCAUGCCUAUGACAAGUUGCAGGGACUGAAGAUCCCAGCUAGAUUUCAAAAAUCAAUUGAGCUGGGCAGCCUGACAAUCCGAUCCAAGCCAUUCCAUGACAGUGAAGAGCUUGUGCCCUUGUGUUAUAGGUGCUCCACCAACAACCCCUUGCUAAAUAAUCUGGGGAAUGUGUGCAUUAACUGCAGACAGCCCUUCGUCUUCUCUGCUUCAUCUUACGAAGUGUUGCAUCUGGUGGAGUUCUAUUUGGAAGAAGGGAUCACUGAUGAAGAAGCUGUAGCUCUUAUUGAUCUGGAAGCACCAAGAUUAAAUAAGAGAGAGGAUAAAUGGCAAGAGAUGGCAAGCGAUGGAGCGCAGAUGCUGAGAUUUGAUGACAACACAGACCUUAUUGAAGAGGAUGAUCCCUUUACAGCAAAAUUGAGCUUUGAGCAAGGAGGCUCAGAAUUUGUUCCUGUGAUAGUGAAUCGUGCAGUUCUCCGGUCAAUGAGCCGGAGGGAUGUCCUGAUUAAACGCUGGCCAAAGCCAUUACAGUGGCAGUACUUCCGGUCCUUGCUACCAGAUGCUUCCAUUACCAUGUGUCCAACAUGCUUUCAGAUGUUUCAUUCGGAGGAUUAUGAGCUCCUGGUGCUCCAGCAUAACUGUUGUCCGUACUGUCGGAGAAGAAUUGAUGAGUCAAACCAGUGAAAAAGAUCUAUCCAAGAGAUCUUUCUGCUAUCACAGUGAAAUGCAUUGUAGAGUAAUCAAGCUUUCUUAACAGCUUGGUUAUGUUGUUACAUAUAUUUUCUCACUCUGUAUGUUUCAUAAGCAGUGGAAAAAGAGAAACCGUUAAAUGUCACGUGUCCUAUCCAAACAAAAAUUUAUUUUUAUGAGCAAUGUAAUUACAGAAUUUCUAUUUAUUGCUCUUUGUUUUGUAUAUAACCACAGAGCCAAAUGGGAAAAAAAUGUACAUAUAUAUUUUUAAGGAAAAUUCUGCUUUUACUUUCAAGUGUCCUAUGUUUAUCAUGGCAACCUGCUAGUGUGCCACAGAUUCGAUAGGAACAUUUUAGGGUGAGAUUCAGCCUUGAGAUAAUUCAGUUGACCUCAUUGAUUUUGCCCCUCUUUAUGCCAGGGCUGAAUUUGGCCCUUAAUAGGUACUUGGUUGUUGACAGAACUCGAAAUAAAAAGGGGAAGUUUUUGCAUCA